ACACGGGAAUGUCAGGAUCAGCGGCGUGGCGGAGUGCAGCACUGAGGGCCCUUGCGUUCGGGGCCCUGCUUGUGCUGGUUUGUGGGGGACCCAGACCCGGACACAGGAGUGUGCAGCAUCAGAGAGAACAGGCAGAGUGGACUCAGAGAGUUCAGUAUCCAGCGGUCAACGAUGCACAGCGCAUCCAGAUCCCUUCAGUGGACGAUGCACAGAGAUGCUCUGCUGGUUUCUAUCUGGACAGAAGCGGUCUGUUUGCUCGUUGUGCUCGCUGCUCCUGUAACAGCUUCUCUAACGAGUGCGAGGAAAACACCGGCCGAUGUCUGAACUGCGGUGAUAAUAGAGCAGGGGAUCACUGUGAGCGCUGUAGAGAUGGAUUUUACUCAGAUGCAGCACAGAGGAGAUGCAGCGCGUGCCCAUGUCCUCUCAGCAACAAUGCCAACAAGAUCAGCGGCGUGGCGGAGUGCAGCACUGAGGGCCCUUGCGUUCGGGGCCCUGCUUGUGCUGGUUUGUGGGGGACCCAGACCCGGACACAGGAGUGUGCAGCAUCAGAGAGAACAGGCAGAGUGGACUCAGAGAGUUCAGUAUCCAGCGGUCAACGAUGCACAGCGCAUCCAGAUCCCUUCAGUGGACGAUGCACAGUGUGCAGGAAUUCUCUGGAGCUCCAAGACACAAAUACAGAAGAGCAGUGUGAAGAGUGUGAUAACUGUGCACAGACAUUACUGAAUGAUCUGGAAAAGCUUGAUAUUGAGCUGAGGAGAAUUAAAGAUCAACUGGAUUUGGACUCUCUCAGACCUUCAUCAAAAGCACAUCUGAGGAAGCUUGAAGAAGCCAUUACUGCCACAACGAACCUGGUGAACACAUUCAGCUCUACCGUCGACAAUCAGGUGCCUAAAAUUAACCAGCUGGAACAAGAUGUUUCUAAUCUGGGCGAAGAUAUGGACAGUCUAAAAGAACAGGUCUGGAAGCAAACCGAGGAUUCGCAGAAAGCACUUUCUAACGCUGAAAACAGCCACGAACGAGCAAAAGAUCUGGACACCGAGACACAGAACCUCCUCAGAAAAAUACAAGAGCUCCUGAAGCAGCUGAUGGACACAAACAGCAGUGGAUCAGCUUUGCCCAACGCAGAUUUAGCCAAACUCCUGGAACAGUCUGAGAACAUGGUGAAGGAGAUGGAAAAACGACACUUCACUACACAGAAAGAUGCAGCCAGGAAAGAGCAAGCUGAAGCAAACAAAUUUUUAGAGAAUGUCAAAAACAUCUUAAAGCAGUGCGAUGAGAAUGAAGCGGCGUCGAAGCGUGCUGACGAUCUACUGAGCAGCUAUGAGGCCAAACUGAAAGAGUUAGAGGAUCUGCUCAAACAGGCUGAUAAUACGGUGAAGAAAGCCAUCAAUCAGAACGACAUCAACACUGAAGGCCUUAAAGACAUUCUGAAACGAGUGAAAGAUCUGGAGCGUGAGAGAGACCUUGUCCAGGAUCAGAUUGUUCUUGCGGUGAAACAGCUGAAAGACACUGAGGACGUCCUGAAUAUGUUCAGUGACAGCAAAAUGGUAAACCUUCAGAAACACAGAGACAGUAUAAGAAACAUGACACAAAUAUUCCCAGGUCAAAGAGAAAAAUUAACCUGCCUUGGUAGGGCUGUACAGAAUGUGAGUGGGCGCUCUGGUGUGCAAACCGCUCUCUCUGGGAUAGAGGCGUACAAAAACAUCACCGACGCUGUCAACGCUGCAGAGGAGGCGGCGAAGAAGGCCAAAGAUGCGGCAGGCAAAGCACUCAAUGACGUCAGUGAAGGGAACUUAAUCAACAGGGCAACAAAUCUGAAAAGCAAUGGCAAUAACCUACUUAAAGUUGCCAAAAAUGCAGCUAAAGAUCUCAAAGGAGCAACUAAAGACCUCAGUAAUCAGAAGGAACGCCUGCAAGCUGCUGAAGAGAAGAAGAAAGCUCUAGAAAAGGAGUUGCUCUCUGUCCAGGAGGGUUUGAAGGGCAUUCAGAGAGAUGACAUCGGUAACAUUAUCGACGCGGCGAAGAAAGCGGCAGCGGCGGCCAAUCGCACCACGAGUGACACAAUGAACCAGCUAAACGACAUCAAAGCAGAAGUUACCAAGAUCUCUAUUAGUCCUUCUGUCUCGAAUAUCGACAAUGUUCUCAAUAAUGUGGAAAUGACCGUCAGAAAUGUGAGCGGCUCCAUCCCAUCCCUGCUGGAUAAAAUAGAUGAGAUCAAUUCUCAGAUCAGCGCCGGGAACAACGUGUCUGAUAAUAUUAAUAAGAUAAAGGAACUGAUUGAGCAAGCGCGAGAUGCUGCUAACAGAAUUGCUGUGCCUAUGAAAUUCACGGGUAAAGGGCAUGUGGAGCUGCGUCCGCCGCGAGACUUGGAUGACCUGCGGGCAUACACCGCUCUCACCCUGUCCCUCCAGAGACCCGAGAAACCCAUCCGGCAGCGACGCCAGACAAAUGAUGACAGUCUGUUCGUGCUGUACCUCGGAAACAAAGACGCAUCCGGAGACUACAUCGGAAUGGUUCUUCGCAAUAACACCCUGCAUGUCAUCUAUAAGCUCAAUGGAGAGGAGUACAAUAUUGAGGCAUCCAGCAUCACUGAGUCCUCAUCUGAUCUGGCUUUCUUCGACAAAAUCGACAUUUACAGAAUAUAUCAAGAUGCACAAGUUAUUCAAACAAAGCAGUUCACGUCAAUCAAUCCGAAGCCGCCACAGCUGAAAGAAAACCUGGGUGAACUAACACACAACCUGCUGGAUCUCAGUCCAGAUAAAGUGGUCUUCUAUGUUGGAGGUUAUCCAGAUGACUUCAGGCCACCUGCCUCUCUCAACUAUGGCAAAUACAAGGGCUGCAUUGAGUUUUCCACCUUCAACGACAAAUUCAUCAGUCUGUACAACUUUAAGAACGCGGUUGAUAUUAACUUGGAAAACCCUUGCAAGAGACAAAUCCCACUGACGAUCUCAGAGUCAGAUUAUUAUGAAGGCACCGGUUACGCCAAAGUCCUGCUUGAAAGAUUCCCCAACUAUCUGUGGAUCAUUCAGAAAGUGGAGACGAGAGCUAAGGAUGCUCUUUUGCUGUAUUUAGGAGACGAGGAGGAUGACUUUUUCUACAGCGUCUCUCUUGAGAAAGGUUACGUUGUUCUGCGUGGCCAAAACAAAAAUAAUAUUUUGGAGACCGUCAGAAGUCAGGACAAGCCAAGUCUUUCUCCGGAAACAGAUGUGAAAGUCUUGAUUAUUGCAGGAAGAGAGAUUAAAGUCCGAGUCGGGAACACCGAGGUCAAAAUGACGGACGUCAUUCCACAAACGUUCAAGCACUUCUACGUCGGCGGGAUUCCCAACUCUUUGCGUGAGAGAUACAACAUCACUAUCCCGGCUCUGAAAGGCUGUGUGAAAAUUGGCACCGCCGGCGGCCCCACCCCGAGCGUUGAAGAGAAAGUGGGCAUCGGCAGAGGCUGCAAUAAUGAGCUACUGAUGGUGAGGAAAGCUGAAUUCAGCCUCGGCAGUGCAUUGGAGAAACUCCAUGAAGACUUCAGCUUGGACGAUGUCAGUCUUUCUCUGGGCUUCAGGAGUACAAAACCAGACGGCAUCCUGCUGCAGAACAGCAAAAAUAAUAAAGACAUUGAGCUUUCCAUGGAGAGCGGAUAUGUGCUCCUGAAAUUCCAAGGCAGCGUCUGGAAAUCUACUAAGCAGUACAGGGAUGGAGAAUGGCAUUAUCUCACUGUUUCUGGACAGGGCCAACGCACUGAACUUCGAAUCGAUGAAGAAGAUGUUGGCCAGAGAGUGACGGGAUCUUCAUCUGGACUGUAUUCGUCCAGCGUGAUCCUGGGCAAAGACACCUUUAAGGGCUGCAUCUCCAACCUUUAUCUGAGGAGACCUGAUUCUCUAUAUAGAGCGGAGGAUCUGAGCGCUUACUCUUCCACAGGAGACGUGCUGUUGAACACAUGCAGCGCCGCACGCGAUAUGUAGCAGCAUAGCUGAGGCGAGGAGUAUCUGACGCAGACAUUUCACAUGGAGAUCUUUGGAAGAAAUGCUGUUAUAUUACAGCAUAACCAACUCACUUUAACCAGCUGCUGCAUUGCAUAUAUUUUCAUGGCACAUCUGUGGUAGUUUUAAUUUCAUUGUCCCAUUAGAGAUAUAACAACUGCAUUGUAAAAGAUAAUCAAAUGACAAUUUAGCAAUUCUGGAAACUUCUGCUGUGUUAUUGAGCUCAUCUAAGUUGGCUUGAGAGAAUGCUUGCCUGUACUUUUACACCACAUUUCAGAUUAUGCAUUGUGUUUAAUAGCAUUUUGUGGUGAUGAAACACAAUAAAAUGUUAAACAUGGAAUACAACUCCUUUGCAUUGCUAUGGCUUACUUAAUAGCUAUAAUUCUAUGUGGACAAAGUUUUAGACUAAUAUUUGGCUGCUACAAGUUAAAGUGCAUUAAAUCUUGCAUGGAUAUUAUACACACUCACCAGCUACUUUAUUAGGUAAAGCUGUUCAACUGCUCAUUAACACACAUAUCUAAUCAGCCAAUCACAUGGCAUUUAGGCAUGCUGACAUGGUCAAAACACAUCUGCUGAAGUUCAUUCCGAACAUCAGAAUGGGCAAAAGAAGGUGAUUUAAGUGACUGGUCUGAGUAUUUCACUGCUGAUCAAUAAU